CGGUUCUGCGCAGGCGCCGUAGCGCCGCUGUUUGGGGGCGGCUGGAUUCAAACGGCGCCGGGGCGGGAGCGCGGCAGCUAUGGACGCUUUUUCUUCAAAGAAGCAAUGUGGCAGCAAAGCAGCAGAGAUGGAGUUCAGCAAAAUUCCCCACUUCAGCGCCAGUGUUUCAGUGGAAGGUGCCUCGAAGGCCACAAAGCAAGGGUUGCCUAAAUCUGUCAAGAAAGUGGAACCACCUUCAAAGAUGACAGCUACGAGAGCACUUCCCAAAAGAUCCAAUCUACAAGUAGGGCUGCAGAUGAAGAAUCAGAUGUUGGAAACAGAAAACCAGCAGCUACAGUUCGAACUGACAGAAGCAAGGGGCACUAUAAAAGAGCUGGAGGAGGAGAAGGGAUUGCUGAUGCAAGAAAUUGAGAAACUCAGGAAGUCCCAGGAGACUUGCAUGGUGAUUUUAGCAAGAAGAGUCAUCGAUCCUGACAGCAAGAUUUUGGAGGAGGAAGAGAAGAUCCAAGAAUGCCAGCAGCACACACAGAGCUUAACUCAGAAGCUCCUGGAAGAACUGAAGCAGUUUAAUCAAGCAGCUGCAGAAGAAAGGGAGGCACUUCAGGCAUGCAUGGCCAAGUGGCAAGCAGCUACAGCAAAGAUGCAGCGGGAGACCAUGGAGAAACGUGCCUCUGUGCAAGUACAAAUGAAGAAUUGCACAGCAAUCCUCGACGAGAUGGAGCAGCUCCUGGAUAUGUGAGGCUGGAGGCUGGACUGUACUCUCUGCUUUUUGAGGGUUUCUUCCUUGUUCAGUGGUCUCUACUAUUUGAUGGUCUUAACCAGCAGGAGGGUGCGUUGCUGGAGUUGGAGCAGGAUGGGUAGCUAUGGUGUGAGAGUUGCUCACGACCCUUGCUGCUCUCCCCAGACCUGCCACGGCUUCGUCGGGCCCCUCUUCACCGCCCCCCUCCCCGGUGCCCGGCCGUCUGUCGCUAUUCGUUCCCUUGUCUUAACUCUUUCUGCUCUUAACCUAUUAAACGUAUUUCAAGCACA